UUAAGGCUACAGCUGUAGUUGGGAGUAAACCCCAUAGACCUCAGUAAGAUUUCUGAACAAUUGUGCUUAAGAUAGUGCUGUAAGAAAGAGGAAUUGUCUCUAACUGUGUGCUCUACUUAAGCUGAUGUGUUUCACCUGCUUUUUCUAUUAGUUGAUGCACUUAGAGCUGCUUUGCAUUCAAUUAUCUGGUGAAAGGUGCUGGCUUAGUACACAGAAAUUCAAGUCUUCUAGCCAUUAAUCAGGUGCCCAGUGUAGAUCCUUUUUCAUCUCCUUUGUGCCUCCGCCUUGUCCCAAAGGAGGACAACUUCAUGGGGUGAGAGCAUAGCACAGAGCUGUCUCAUAAGGUAUUCAGUCCUUGUCUGAUGUGAUGGACAAGCCUGCCUUUUGUGGCGUAGACAUCUCGUCCCUGGGAUCUGGGCCGACAGGGUCUGGAUUCAUUUCUCUGCUUUUCUGCUUUUCAGCCACUGAUCUAUUUUGGUUUUGUCUACCAGUGGCCUUUGACCUCUAUGCAAAGCCUGGUAAUAAUAGGACCUUAACACUGAUGAAUCCUAAGAGAUCUUUUUAUCAGUGGAGGCUGCGAGUUCCAUCGGACCACGUUGUGAGACUAGUGGUCGUUCCCUUACAUGGCGUGACUCCUGGGAGCUGUGCAUCUCACAGGCUAUCCGCGUAUGACUUCCUUCUCCCUCUGCAAAAUAAGAUCAUUACAAGAUGGUGUGGGUCGUCCGGGGCCUGGACUUCCCCAGUUAUACGUUUAACUUCAUCGAGUAAUGUCAUGCUGGUCACAUUCUCAUUGGACCGAAGAAAAGAGAGCAAUAUAUUGAACGCAUAUUUUCAAGCCGUUCCUAAAAUUGUAUGUGGCGGUCGAUACAUCUCUUGGAAUGGGACUGUAAUUUCUCCGUACUACCCAAGUUACUAUCCACCAAAUAUAGACUGCCACUGGAUUAUUAGAGCACCACUACCAGGAUAUAGAUUGCUGCUAAAAAUUCUUGUAAUACAAGUUCAGGAACCGUCCCUUGGAUCCAAUAGAUGUGAUAAAGAUUGGUUGGAAAUUGAUGGAAUUAGAUAUUGUAAACCUAUUGGGGAAGGCAGCAGGGUCAAGGAAUAUGGCUAUUCAGUGGCCAUCCAUUUCCAUUCAGAUGAACUGGUCACACACAGGGGUUUUUAUAUUGAAUUCAGAGCUUUCAGCCACACAGACCCUUGUCCUAGGCAAUUUAAAUGUUCCGACAAAACAUGUGUCUCUUUAAACAGUAGAUGUGAUGGGUGGAAAGACUGUGCCGAUGGAAGUGAUGAGGUAAACUGUGGUUGUAAUCCCGUGAAGUCUAAUUGUGGUAAUGGGAAGUGUAAACACCAUUCCAGGCCUUGCAAAGGAGAUGGCAGCUGUGAAAGUGAGAGUGAUGAGGAGGAAGACAAUUGCGCCUAUAGAAGUUGCUCACAGCAUGCAUAUAAAUGUCUAAAUGGAAAGUGUCCAAUAAAGCAAAACCCAGAGUGUGAUGGAAUAAGAGACUGUGCAGAUGGAUCUGAUGAAAUGAACUGUGCAUGUGGAAGGAGUCAGGUAAAAAGACCCAGAAUUGUUGGUGGUGAAGAUGCAAGGUAUGGAAAGUGGCCUUGGCAAGCCAGCUUGCAGCUAAAAACAUAUGGCCAUAUAUGUGGUGCAUCUGUUAUUUCAAAUAGUUGGCUUGUAUCUGCUGCCCAUUGCUUUCAGGACUCCGAUUCUAUAAGAUACUCUAUAGCAUCUGGCUGGACAGCAUAUAUGGGUAUAAAGGUCAUUAACAGAAACAAUGAUAAUCACGUAGCGAUGAGAUCGAUCAAAAGGAUUAUUGUUCACCCACAUUAUGACCAAUAUAUCUCAGACUAUGACAUUGCCCUGUUGGAAAUGGAGUCACCAGUAUUCUUCAAUGAGCUGGUACAGCCCAUAUGUUUACCAAGCAGUCGUAGACUAUUAAUUUAUGGAACUGUCUGCUAUGUAACUGGCUGGGGAGCCGUAAAAGAAAAUAGUGAACUUGCAAAAACACUGCAAGAAGCGAAGGUGAAAUUAAUUGAUCAGAGUGUUUGCAACAAGCUUUAUGACGAUCUGAUCACUUCUCGGAUGCUGUGUGCUGGCAACCUUAAUGGUGGCAUUGAUGCAUGUCAGGGUGACUCUGGAGGUCCGUUAGCCUGUUUAGGAAGAGGGAACAGAUGGUACCUUACAGGCAUUGUCAGCUGGGGUGAAGGAUGUGCUCGACGGAAUCGCCCUGGCGUUUACACCAAAAUCACAACACUUUAUGACUGGAUUCGUCAAUACACAAAAUGACAGAUGAGUUCUAGAGAAAGCCAAAAGUAUGCGCACAUUCUUGUUGAUGAACCAAGCAGGAUUUAUACUAUGAUAAAGGAGAAACAUUACA